CAAUCAAAAGCCCCCUCUCACUCUUCUCACUUUCACCACCAAGCAAGGUAUAACAACAGCUUUUAUUAGCUUUAGCCUCUAGCUAGAGAUGAGAGUUCCCAUUUCCUCAUCCCCACAGCCAAACCCAAAACUCACCCCAAACGUUGUCAUCCACACCCCACCCAACAUCAUCAUCAACAACAGCAACAACAACAAUCAUAAUAAUCCAACCUUGUGCUACGAACCCACCUCUGUUCUUGACCUCUGCAGGAGUCCUAGCCCUGAAAAAAAACCAACUGUCCCAAAGCCAGACCCAGAAGACCAUCUAGAGCUGGAGGAUCAUGUGUUGCCUAAUUUGGAUUGGUGGGAUUCCAUCAUGAAGGACUUGGGUUUACAUGAUGACCCUAACACACCCCUUUUGAAGAGUACUAACACUGAUAACCUCAAUUCCAAUCCAUGCAUCCCUGAUUUCCCACCUUCUCAAGACCCACCCUUUGAUCACACACCAGAUUUCACCACUCUCUCUGAAAUUUACUCCAAUCAUAACCUGGCCUACAACUACAAUAAUAGCACUAAUAAUAACACUUUGGACCAUUUGGUACAUGACUUCAAUCACCACCACCACAUCAACAACAACAACAACAAUAACAAUAACAAUAGCAAUUGGGAUUUCAUUGAAGAGCUUAUCCGUGCAGCUGAUUGCUUUGACAGCAACAACCUACAACUUGCUCAGGCAAUCUUGGAGCGGCUUAACCAACGGCUACGAUCGCCUUCGGGUAAACCGCUCCACAGAGCAGCGUUUCACUUCAAAGACGCACUCCAAUCGGUUCUCUCCGGUUCGAACCGGACGACAAUUCCGUCGCGGCUUUCUUCCAUGGCGGAGAUCGUGCAAAACAUCAAAACGUUCAAGGCGUUCUCGGGAAUCUCACCGAUCCCAAUGUUCUCCAUCUUCACAACUAAUCAAGCACUCCUGGAAGCUCUCCAUGGCUCAUCCUUUAUGCACGUCGUCGACUUCGAAAUCGGCCUUGGCAUCCAGUACGCUUCUCUCAUGAAAGAGAUCGCCGAGAAGGCCGGCGGAAACAACAACUCGCCGCUCCUCCGCAUCACCGCCGUCGUGCCGGAAGAGUACGCCGUCGAGAGCCGCCUAAUCCGUGAAAACCUCAACCAGUUCGCGCACGAUCUCGGGAUUCGUGUCCAGGUCGAGUUCGUGCCGCUUCGUACCUUCGAGACGGUGUCGUUUAAGGCCGUGAGAUUCGUCGACGGCGAGAAGAUAGCCGUACUGUUAUCCCCGGCGAUAUUCUGCCACCUCGGCUCCGGCGGCAGCGGAAGCAGCACCGCCGCUUUUCUGGCUGACGUCCGGAGGAUAUCUCCCGCCGUGGUGGUGUUCGUCGACGGCGAGGGGUGGACUGAGGCUGUGGCGGCGGCGUCGUUUCGGCGCGCGGUGGUGAACAGCCUGGAGUUCUACUCGAUGAUGCUGGAAUCGCUGGAUGCGUCUGUUGUGUCAGGGGGAGGGGGCGAUUGGGUGAGGAGGAUCGAGAUGCUUCUGCUGCGGCCGAAGAUCUUUGCGGCGGUGGAAGGCGCCGGAAGAAGGGUUCCGCCGUGGAGGGAGGCGUUUUACGGCGCCGGAAUGAGGCCGGUGCAGUUGAGCCAGUUCGCGGAUUAUCAAGCAGAGUGUUUGUUGGCGAAGGUGCAAAUCAGAGGCUUCCACGUGGCAAAGCGACAGGCUGAGUUGGUGCUCUUCUGGCAUGAGCGGGCCAUGGUUGCCACGUCAGCUUGGCUCUGUUAGAAGCUUACAGUGCAGACAGAAUUUUAAGCAUCAAUUUUACCUGUAUUAGAUAUGAACUUUAAUUUCAAGCUCGCAUUAGCAAGAAUGCAGCUUUAACUUUAAUUUUGUUUAUUACGGAAAAUUAAUGAUACUAAAAAAAAAUAAUUAUACUCAUAAUCACUUUUUUCUUAUCAUCUUUUUCAAAUACUUUUAUUACAAUUUGAUCAAAAUCAAAUCAAUGAGUUUCAUUUAAUAUCAUUUUGUAACUAUUGAUUUGAUUUUGAUCACAAUAGUAAAAGUGAUUGUAAGUUGUAAAAGAAAAGUGCUUGGAAGUACAUAAACUUGUAUUUGUUACGGAGCGUUUUGCUUUUGUGUAAUAUAGAUAUUUUUUUUAGGGUGUCUUUUAAUUUGUUAGAGAAGAGAUAUAAGUACCAAAAAAAGAAGAAAAAAAAAGAGAUUUGUAAGUCUGCUGCUUAAAGUUCCAUCUUGUUAUCUUAAUGAAUA